AUGUGUCGGUGGUUCGCAUAUAUUUCCCCAACGGAGCCAUGCCUUCUCUCGGACGUCCUCAUCACGCCAGACAACAGCAUCAGCAAGCAAUGCUCUGAGCACUAUCUCCCGAAACUACUGCCACAUAACGAGGAAAAGGAUCUGGAUGACUCCCCAGAUGAGCUGAUGCGUAUGCGCAAUUCAUUACUGAACAUGGACGGGCUUGGCAUUGCUUGGUACACCGAAGCGACCUCAUCCUACGUUAAGCACGUCACAGGCCCCCGCCCCGCACUCUACAAGUCCCAAUCCCCACCCAUCAACGACUUCAACUUCAAAUCCCUGUGCCACAACACCGAAUCGCAAUGCGUCUUCGCCCACAUCCGCGCCACAAGCGGGUCCGUCGUAACGCAAGUGAACAGCCACCCCUUCGUAUUCGGCCGCCACGUCUUCAUGCACAACGGCGUCAUCUCAAACUUCUCGUCGAUCCGGCGCGAGAUGACCUCGCUUCUCUCCUUCGACGCCUACUGCAACGUCCUCGGCAGCACAGACUCCGAACACGCCGCCGCCCUUUACAUGACCAACCUAACCAACAGCAGCACCAAAGAAGCCUGGGAGAAACCCUACCCCCUCAAGAAGAUGCUCGAAGCCAUGCAAAAGACCGUCGUUCAAAUCCUCACUUUGCAAAAACGCACACUGGGUGAAGCCAACACGCCCAAUUCCCUCAACUUCUGCACCACAGACGGAACGAAAAUGCUUGCCAUCCGCUUCCGCAACCACGUCUCGCAGCAGCCGCCCAGUCUCUAUUGGUCUGAGUUUGCGGGUCGCACGCUUAAUACGAAGUUCCCUGGUGACCCGGAUAGUAAGGAUGGCGGGAGUGCGGAUGCAGGAGGGGAGAUUGGUGAGGCUGGUGCGAUGGGCAAGCAUACGAUCAUCGCGUCGGAGCCUACGACGUAUGAUGAGAAGGAGUGGAAUCUGAUCAAGAGGAAUUGCGCGUUGAUGGUCGAUGAAGAUGGGAUUGAAAGGGAGGUCGAGAUUGAGUAUGAUGAGGGGUUGAAUGCGAGGGAUCCGAAUUUUGAUGGCCCGGCUGAUGCGGUGGGUGGGAAGUAG